AUGAAGUUCUCACUCCUCACCACCGCUUUGUUCCUCUCCGGCGCUGCCUACGCUACCCCGGAUGGCAUUGACGUGGGCUCGAUCAUCUCCGCCGCCGAAGGCGCGGCCGCAACCGCCUCCGCCGGCGGCGAGUCAAUCGGCUCUGAAGCCCGCGCGGGAGCAACCUCCAUCGCCCACGCUGUGGAAACAGGCGGCUCAGCCGCAAUUGCGAGUUUGACUGGCGACGCCGCCUCGAUCGGAUCCGCCGCCGCCAGCGCCGCCAGCACGAUUGCCUCGGACGCUUCCUCCGCGGGUUCGGAUAUUGCUAGCAAGGCUUCGACUUGGGCUACGCACUUCACUACAACUGAUGCGCAGGGCCACAAGACUACCGAGACUAGUGUUAUUACAAGCAAGGCUAGUGCUGCGGCGAAUGCUGCCACCAACACUGGCUCUAGCUCUGCUUCGGCCGCCUCCUCUACUGGUACCAACGCUGCUGGUGCCGGGCCUCACGCCAUGGGUGCUGCUGUUGCAGGCCUUGGUAUGCUUGGUGUCAUGGUUGCCCUGUAG